CGGUCGCUUUUUAUGAUUUUAAUUUUGUGUUAUUUUCCUGCGUUAAAUUAUGUAAAACAAUGUCUAAAUCCUGGAAAGAUUUUGUGUUUUAAAAUGAAUGACUCCAGUGCCAACGAAUCGGCGGGAACGUCCCGCGGAAUUCUCAACGCCACCAGCUACUCGCUGAACAAUGACGGCACCUUCGACGAGAGUGAGCUUUGCGACGAACGAGUCCUUCAGCUGAUGGACAAGCCCUUCUCGCAGCUGGUGGAUGGCAUGCAACUCCGGAAGAAUGACCGCUACGCAGGGUUCGACAACAAUGCCGGCGAUAUUUGGAUCUAUCCGACUAACUACCCGGUAAGGAAGUAUCAGUUUUCGAUUGUCCGAGCAGCACUGUUUAAGAAUACCAUGGUCGUGCUGCCGACCGGAUUGGGCAAAACGUUCAUUGCCGCAGUCGUGAUGUACAACAUCUACCGAUGGUACCCGACGGGGAAGGUCAUCUUCAUGGCUCCCACGAGACCGUUGGUCAAUCAGCAGAUUGAGGCAUGCUACAAAAUCAUGGGAAUUCCCAAGGAAGAUACGGCAGAAAUGACCGGCAAGCAGCAGAGGAAAAACCGGACCGGACUGUGGCAGAGCAAACGGGUGUUCUACGUAACACCGCAGGUCGUUCUAGCGGACAUCAACUCUCCGGAGCAGAAUUUCCCGACUGAUGCCGUGAAGCUGGUAGUGAUUGAUGAAGCCCAUAAAGCGAAAGGUCGGUACGCCUACACAGAGGUGAUCAAAGCGAUCGCAACUAGCAACAGCAAUUUUCGGGUGUUGGCCCUGUCGGCCACUCCAGGUCGGACGUUGGAAGAUGUGGCUGAAGUAAUCAAGAAUCUCCUGAUUUCGCAUAUUGAAGUUCGAUGGGAGAAUUCGAUUGACGUUUCACCGUAUACUUUUAAGAAGAACAUCCGAACGGUCGUUACCCCUCUGGGACCCAAGUUGACCAGGAUUCGAGAACAGUUCAUUCAUAUUGUUGAUCCGUACGUUCGGCGGUUACUGGAUGCGAAUGUGAUUUCCGGUCAUACGGGUUCUCUGAACCGCGGGUGGUUGAUAAUGGAGCAGAAGAAAUUUCGUGAAAAUAGUCUUAUUCAGAGGCAUCCGAACUAUUCGUCGAUCAAUGCGGACUUUCUUGUCUGCGUAAGUUUGUAUCACGCGAUGGAGCUGCUGACACGGCACGGAAUACGGGCGUUUCUGAACUUUUUCGAGGACGAGCACAACCGAACCGAGGAGAGGUACUUUGUGGCCAAGGAUCCCCGGUUGAAGGUGUUCCUGGACGAACUGCGGGAGGAGUACGGAAGGAACCCGUUGGCCAUCCUCGGAGCGAUGCCGAAUGGGGUGGUGCCAAAGGUGGAUAAGGAGCCGAUUGACUUUGGCCAUCCCAAGUUUACCAUUUUGGAGAGGAAUUUGAAGGAGCACUUUAAGAAUAAUCCAGAUUCCAAAGUGAUCAUCUUCUGCGAGUAUCGCGAAUCGGUUGCAAUGAUCCAUCGGUUACUGCUGCAAAAUAGGCCCGUGGUAAAACCAAAAUGCAUUGUAGGACAGGGUGGCACCGGAGGUGGUCUUCGUGCCGUAACACAGAAGGAGCAGAUCGCCGCUAUGAAGGACUUCCGAUCGGGAGCCUGCAACACCCUGAUCGCUACCUGUGUGGCCGAGGAGGGAAUCGACGUGGGUGAGGUGGAUCUGAUCGUCUGUUUUGACAUCACCAAGAAUCCUACCCGGUUUGUACAGCGGAUCGGUCGAACCGGCAGGCAACGGGUCGGGAGGGUUCUGAUGUUGGUCACCGAAGGCAAGGAGCAUGAUACGUUGAAGGAGGUGCUGGCGUCGAAGGAUAAGAUCAAUCAGAAGCUGUCGCGGAGUAAGGAGAUCUUGGGAGUGUUGUACAGACAAUCGCCGCGACUGGUACCGACGGAGUUCGAUCCAAAGUGCGUCGAGACGUUUAUUAAAAUUCCGGAAGAGGUAGAAAGUGUCAGUGAGCCGAAGGGUAAAAAGGGGAGGAAAAGAAAGAAGGAUGAUAAUCCGGAUAGGGAAGAGGUUGAAGGGGAGCAAGCAGAAGGAGAUACUAGAAAAAAGCGAAAGAAGAAGCAGGAUGCACCAAGAGGAACGCAGGACGUUCGGAACUUCUUCCGCAAGGUGGACACGGAUCUGGACGCCAGCGAAAGGGAAGUUUUCUCUAGUCCUCCUAAAAAAGAGGAUGCAUCGGUAAACUCGAUAGAUACAUCACGAGGGAGCUUCAAAGCACCGCAGGACGCUUCCUUAAGACUAGGGAAAACCAAUCAGGAGAUGGAGUUGGAGAAAUUGAUCAAGCCAUUGCUACGACAUAAGGCGAGGUUUGAAAGGGAGCGAUUUCUGAACGAUCGGAAGCAGCUGGUAGUUCAGGAGGACAAAGCAUCCAAGUCGAUUCUGUGCCCGAAUCCCUUGAAAAGGCUCUUGCUGGAGGCGAAUCUUGGAUAUCUGAAGGAGGUAAUUGAGAAAAGUGAAAUUCUGCAUGCCGCGGUCGGAGAAGAUGAAGAUGACGAUCUUAUACUGCUGGACGACAGAGGAGACUGUCUGAAGUCUGAGUUGAGAACUGUUGAGGGACUGUUCAAUGGACGCGAUCAGCUCAAGAAACGUAUUUCGGAUAUCGAAGAGUACAGAGCAGCGACGGGACGGCUGCAUCCGCGAAGAAACGUCAUUCAAAUCGAUAAACCACAAGUGACGGACGAUCAAGUUUCACGAUUCAACGAACACUUUUCCAGAUUUUCAGCUCAUAGCCUCAACAGUGACCGUGUCCAGCAGGUAACUGAGGUGAAUGAAUUUGCCUUAUCUCCCGUCGUAGACGCUCCCGAAGAUCCAACCAUUUCGAACCUCUUCGAUUCCCAACUGUAUCUGCCAGCAAUUAUGGAACCAGAUCAAUCCCGCUACUUCCCAAAUCUUCCCGAAGCACCAGCACCACCAGAAGUAACCCCAAUCAAUCGAAACAAAACAAAGUCCCGUGUUGCGACUUUAGCCAAGAGCGAAAAGCGAACCCCCGCAGACUACAACAACAGUCCGCUGUUGAGGGCAUUCAACCGGUCGAUUCAGAAAGCGAGGAACUCGGACCACGCUUCGCCGCUGACCAGCCGUCCGAAGCAGCUGAACACGCGGAUGGUGUUGGAGUACUUUGGACUUGGUAAUCUGGAUCAGGUGUUUGAAGAGUCUCCCGAAAAGCCAACGACUGGAAACAAGUUUCUCGAUCGUCUGGAUACGUUCGUGGAGGAUGAAGAACCGACGGUGAUGGAGAAUUCCCUCACGCAGCAAAUUGCAGAUCUAAGCAAGAGUUUGUUCGAUUCGAAAGAAUUGAAUCUACAGGCUCAGGAAGCUGCUUUCCUGGCCGGGGAUUUUAACCGGUACAGUCAGCCAAUCGUUGCUGAACAAGUCAACCCAGAGGAAGACCUUGCCAGGAAGGAGGUUGAAUUGCUCCAGGCAGACUUUAUGGAAGGCGACUUUUCCGGUAUCGAAGCAUCCACGAAGCAACGGUUGUCGAACAGAACGCAAGUUCCGAUCGACGAGUUUCUGCGGGAAAACUUCCCGGAUGACAAAACCCAAGCCAUCCCGUUGUCCUCCGUUCGGAGUCAUUCGAGUGACCUAUUUCCGUUGAGUGCGAGCAAACGGCAGAAGAAGGAUCUAGAGUUGGACAUCCACGGUUGUCUUUCGGAUUUGGUAGACGACGGAGGCGGCAGCGAAGAAGCCAUUCCGAAUUCUCAGGAAAUCCCGCCGAAUUUGAAUACCCAUACCCGACGCUCUCAAUUGAAAAAUCUGGAUGUUGGCAAUCUGUUAGAUCUACUGGCGGACAGCGAUGAUGACCUGUUCAGUAACAGCGAAGGGUCGAAGAAAACUCCAGAACUCCCCGACCUCGUCGUCAACUCAGGCAAGAUCGUAAACUACGAUCUGGAAGAUGUAAUGACCAGUGCAAUUUCCCAGAAAGAAAACAUUCCGAACGAGCCGAACCUCAGCUGGAAAAUGGCGAUUCCCACCACGCCUACCUCCAGCAGAAAAUCCGAUCGAAAAGAGCAGGAAUCUCCUCAAUUCGUGGAACGAUCGCCUUCCCUGCUGCGGAAGAAACUGAAUUUCAAUCGACUUCGGCUCAACCAAUCCAACGACAACGGGAAACUGAACGUAAACUCGGCUCCGGUAGUGCGAGCUCACUCCGGUGCGACGAACCAGCAGUCACCGUUCUUUGCCUCCUGCAGGCCAGGGGACGGAUCCAGUUUUCGGCAAGAACUGGAGCGGCAGUUUGGAUUUCAGCAGCGGCCGACUGCAGAUGCUUCCCAAGAGGACCGCACUUUGGAUGAUCUGACGAUGAUCGUUCCGAGAUCCAAACGGAAAGCGAUCGUCAGCAGUGACGACAGCGAGGAAGAUGACGCUUUCGAAGAUCUUGAGCAGCGGGAGAGCGACGAAGAGGAUGACGUUUUCCAAACGGCAAGAUCGAAUGUUAAGUCUUCGGCGGAGUCGAAACAGGUGAUGAUGGGUCCUCCGUCGUUGCCCUUUCGCCCUCGCAACAAUCGACGGAAACGGAAGGAGCGCUGUGAUUUCUUUUUAAGUCAGGCUGUGGUAUCGGAUGAUGAUGAUGACGAUGAACACGACAGUGAUGAGGGGUUAUCGCAGUUUGUCGACGAUUCCAUCAUUGACCACGGACCGGUAGAGGACGACGAUCCGGACGAUAUGCAGGCGAAGUACCUGCAGUCGGUUAGGAGUCCCCUCCGCCCCGGUUGCUUCAAGAUUCCAGCCGCUCCGGCACGGGUCCGGAAUAUGCUGGACAUCUACUCGCAGCCACCGCAUCUGGACCAGCAAUCGAUGUACGAGAUGAACUCGUUCAUCGUGCCGGAAGAGGAGGAGGACGAGGAGCAAACCGGAGUCAAACCGCUUCGAUCCCCGUCCAGUUCCGAGCUGGACGAACUGGAACGAGCGGAAGCGAUCCUGAGGGAACGUCGCCGUGCGCGGCGUAUGGAGAAGCGCAUGCCCAAGGCCAAGCGGCGGAGGAAAAUCGUUUCGUUGGGCAACGACGAAGGGUCCGGCAGUUCCGACGAGGGAGAAGAGCUGAAGGCAUUCCGAAGGCAGAUCCAGUCGCUGCCGUCGGACUGAACUGUACAUGAAACGUACAAGUUUGCCUGUAGAAUUGUGCCAU